AUCCCUGAAUCUCCAGACCGUCCGAUUGAGAUAAAAAGCACGGGGGUUAUGCGAGCUGAGUAGCACUAGAGCUGCGGCGAUUAUAAGAAGAAUCAUGAUGAGCUUGCCAUGACACGCGAACAGCCAGAAAAGCUCAAGACUCAGAGUCUCAGCGUGUUUUUCCGCUUUUUCCCUCUCGAUCUCGCUCCGUAUGUGUAAAGCGGGGCAGCCCAGAUGAUCUAAAAGGACGCAGUUCCAUUCCCGCACAGAGAAACAAACUGUAAACUCAAUGGAAAGGUCUCGAUCCAAACGCUCCUACUAUGACGACAACAACAGUGAUGACUAUAACAACAAUACCAACACCAACAAUCCAAAUACAAACAAACGCUACCAGUCCUCCUCUUAUUUCUCGUCACGCCAUCCUCCACCAGGAAGACUGUACAGGCCCUCGCACCAGCAGCAUCACUACCAUUAUGACAAUCUGAAUACCCCUCACAGCAUAUGCUUUCGCAUACUGUGCCCAGACGCCAAGGCAGGCAGCGUGAUCGGGAAAGGGGGCAGUAUAAUCAGCAGCUUGAGACGUGAGACAGGCGCCAGAAUAAAUGUUCAGAAUUUGAUUCAGGGGGACGAUGAGCGCGUCAUCGAGGUUUAUGAAACAUCACAUUCUCACUCUCCCUCGCGGAGACUCGAUCCCGACGCCUCCGGGCUCUCUCUUUCCCCUGCACAGGACGCGCUGCUCAAAAUACAUUCCAGAAUCAACGACGAAGGGAAUAAUAAUAACAGUAACAGUAGUAAUAACAAUAAUAACAAUGCCCAUCAUGCUAAUAAUAAUGGAAAUUACGAGGACGAGGAUCACAACCGUAGGAUUACCACGAGGCUCGUAGUGCCACGUAAUCAUGUGGGGUGCUUGCUUGGGAAAGGGGGGAAGAUUAUUGAACAAAUGCGGGAGGAUACCAAAACGCAAAUACGGAUUUUGCCCAGAGAUCAAACAUUGCCAAGAUGUGUAGCUUCUACUGAAGAAAUUGUACAGGUUGUAGGUGAGUUGAAUGCAGUGAAGAAAGCACUGCGAAUUAUAUCAACCCGAUUGAAAGAUAAUCCCCCUAGAGAGCGUGGUCAACAACCUCCACAUGGCAGAAUGUACUCACCUGAACAUCGUUCUCCACCUAAUGAUGAUGCUUUACCUUAUGGGAAUAUUAUGUCACGUCGAUCAGGUUUAGAUCCUCCCGUGUCAGCAACAAGAUCAUCUGUGGCAUUUAGUGGUAGUAGGAGUUCAAGUCACCAUUCAAAACCUUCUGUAUACACUCCUGAUGUUUAUGAGCCUCAUGAAAAUGACUAUGAGCAAUCCUUUUAUGGCGAGGAGCUUGUUUUUCGGAUUUUGUGUCCGAAUGAAAAAAUUGGGAGUGUCACUGGGGAGGAUGGAGGCAUAAUAAAAAGGCUUCGUGAAGAUAUUGGCGUGAAUAUUAAGAUCACUGAUCCUGUUCCUGGUUCAGAUGAAAGAAUAAUCAUCAUAUCAGAGAAUGAGGUACCGGAUGAUGAUCUGUUUCCUGCACAGGAAGCUCUGUUGCAUAUUCAAAGUUGUAUUGUAGAUCUUGGUCCAGACAGGGAUGGUGUUAUAACCACUAGGCUACUUGUUCCAUCCAAUGAAAUUGGCUGUCUACAUGGAAAAGGGGGAUCGAUUUUAUCUGAAAUAAGGAGACAAACCCGUGCAAACAUACAGAUUUUGCCUAGAGAUUUUCUUCCUCCAUGUGCUUUAGGUGCCGAUGAACUGGUUCAGAUUGUAGGUGACAUACAGGUGUCUCGUGAGGCACUAAUGCAAGUUACAUCAAGAUUAAGGAGGAAUCUACAUCAUGAAUUGUCAUUUUCAGGGCAAGGGCUAAUGCCAUCCUUACCUUCUCUGGAUCAUCUGGAGAGUAACUUUGGACUGGGUUCUCCUGGUAGAUCCAUCUCAUCUGCUCCAGGUUAUCGAGGCAGUGGACGUUUUUCUUCAAACUAUCAAAGUUUAUCUCCUUCACGGGGCCGUUCACCAUCAAAGGAUGCAGACAGUGGCAGCAGGGGUCUUGACAAUAAGGAAAGAAUUUCUCAUGAAGCAGCAUUAGUGCGAUUAGGAAGAUCAGCUGGUGGUUUAGUUACUAAAACUACAGUUGAAGUUGUCAUACCAGAAUAUGCAAUUGCAGCACUUACUCGGAAAUCUGAGAACAAUAUUGCUCAAAUCAGUGAGAUGUCAGGGGCAAUUGUUAACUUGCUUGAAGUUAGACCUGGAUUUGAGAAAGUAGUUGAAAUAUCUGGAUCUCCAGAGCAAACGCACAGAGCUCAGAGUCUACUUCAUGCAUUCAUUCUCAAAGCACAAGAACUAGAAUCCCAGAGUUAACCAGGCAUUGAAUUUAUGUUCAAUCAAGAAAAUUGCUCGCAUGCUAUGGCCAAGCUGUGGAAAUCUUGCAUAGUAAGUAAUUUAUAAAGCUUCAGAUGUUCUUUUAAGAUCUUGGUUGCAUGGCCAAGCUUUCCUCUGUAGAAAGGAAGUUGUCAAGGGCUUCAAAGUAGAGUUUCUUUCUGUAAUUAUCUGGAAUGGUCUCCUGGAAAUCUAUUUGUUCCAUAUAAUGUAAAAAUUGCAUGGUAUUACAUAUGAUUCCAAUUCAGAUCUAUAUGAAUUUUCUGAGA